AUGUGGUCAUGGUUUCAUUUCACUACCAACGAUAUACUAUUAUUUCAAUCAUGGAAAAUCGAUACUACGUGGAAAAUGAUCAUCAGUUGUAUUGGAAUUUAUCUUCUUGGCAUAUUCUUUGAAGCAAUCAAAUUGGCACGUAAAAAAUUCACCUUAACAUUUUCGAAAUCAUCAUUAACAACAAAUCAUAAAACAUUUACGAAGAUUGCCUUUAUUCAGAUACUUCAAGUAAUCUUAUUUGUGAUACAACUUAUCAUUAAUUAUCUACUCAUGCUCAUAUUCAUGUCGUAUUCUGUUUGGUUUGGUGCAGCUGUUCUUCUGGGCAUUACUACUGGAUUUUGCAUCUUUACACACAAUUAA